AUGUAUUCGACAUACCUGAGGCGGUUUGGAUAUCUAGAUACUCCACUGAACCCAGAAGCUCAGAGAGAUUCCAGUGAGUGGGAUAUGAAGGUGGCUCUCAGUCUCUUUCAGAGGGUUUCAGGUCUGCCCGUCACUGGAAAUCUGGACAGAGCGACUGUUUUUAAAAUGAGGGAGCCGCGCUGUGGUGUUGAAGACCCGUUCAACCAGAAGUCUUUCAAAUACAGGCGAUUUGGAUACUGGAGAAAAAAAAACUUAACAUAUCGAAUUUACAACUAUACCCCAGAUAUGGGUAAAUCCGCAACGCAGACGGCGAUACGCACAGCCUUUAAGUACUGGAGUGACGUGACCCCGCUCAGCUUUACAGAGAUUCACUUCGGCACUGCUGAUAUCAGGAUCUCCUUUCACAAGAGAGAUGGCUGUCCAUCGCCUUUUGAUGGGCCGGGUCAUGUUCUUGCUCACGCCGAAGCUCCUCCGUCAGGAAUCGUUCACUUUGAUGAAGACGAGUUCUGGACUGAAGGGAAGUAUUAUGGCUCUAAUCUGCGUAUCGUUGCGGCUCAUGAGAUCGGGCACGCUCUGGGUUUGGGUCACUCUCAGUACAGCAGCGCACUAAUGGCAGCACACUACACCGGCUACCAGGUCAACUUCAGACUGCACAUCGACGACAUCAGAGGAAUCCAAGCCAUUUAUGGUAAAAGGGUCUCCAGUACGACUACUGCUGAUGAUAUCUAUGAUGUAACAUAUCCCACAAUGAUGGCCCCGUUCCCUAGAGGUGAUGUUCUGGAUCCGUGCAACGCCAAACUUGAUGCUAUAAUGCUGGUUUUGGUGUCAGGUCCCUGGCGUAAGACAUAUGCAUUCAGUGGGGAUUAUGUGUGGACGGUAACAGACACAGGUCAUAACUCUCCAGUGAAAAUAAACCUGCUGUGGAAAGGGCUGCCAGGAAACCUGAAUGCAGCGGUUUACUCCUCGAGAACCAACAAGACAUACUUCUUUAAAGGUGAAAAAGUCUGGAGGUACACAAAUUACCGUCUUGAUUAUCGAUACCCCAAACCACUGAAAAGAAUCCCGGCCAACAUCGACGCUGCUUUGUACCAUGAGAAGAACAAGAAAAUCUUCUUUUUUAAGGGCUCAGGCUAUUGGCAGUGGGACGAAAUGGUUUACAAUGACCUCAGCAUUUACCCCAAACCCAUUUCACGCCUGUUUACUGGCAUCCCAUCAAAUCCCGACGCAUCCUUCACAUGGACCAAUGGGAAAAUGUAUUUCUUCAAAGGUGACAAGUACUGGCGCGUCAGUGAACAGUUCACUGUUGAUUCUGGAUAUCCGCUCAGUAAACGUGUCCGCUGGAUGAGGUGCAACUAAUUUACCCAACGUUUCCCUGAAAACUCAGUGAACGUUUCAAUAGACAGUAUAAGGCCUCCGUUUCAAAUGACUGCUACUAAAAUCUAUGGGUAUGAAGUGAAAUGAUUGGUAAAUACAGAUGCUAUUUCCAGUGAAAUUCAUUGCCACAGAUCGAAAAUAUUAAUCAUUAGGGUGCAAAUGUAAUUGAGAAAAGACAUGGGGCCUCAUUUAUAAAGCGUGUGUGAUCUUAGAUUUCAUCUUAGAAAGUACGUGUGUGUAUCUAUCAUACUGAGGGCGCUAUCAUACACCCGGCUCAA